AGAUGGUUAGUUUUACCGAUUAUUAUUUUGAGUUUUUGUUCCAUCUACAAUAUUUAAAAAAGUAAUAUUACUAUACUGGAAAUAUAUUAUACUCCAUGGCCUGUUCUCCACUUCAGCCAUAUUGUAACAUACCAUAUUGUUUCCUUUUAGUCAAAAGUCAUUAGUUCUGUAUUAGUUCUGCAGUUAGUUCCCAAAGGCCAAAACAAUAUGCUACAGUAUGUUUCACUACUCGCAAGCUAUAUUAGCAUGUGAAUGUGAGGUGAACCUCGCUUGCAUGUACAAUAUAUAAAUUGUUGCCAUAAACUAAAAUCUGGUUCAUAGUGGAUGUCAUAUAGGCAUUGAAAGAUCGAUAAGUGAGGGGGACCAUAUUCAUAUAUUCGUGUUCUGCAUUAUUAAUUUAUUUUGAAAUCGAUUGUUUUCAAGGUCUGUGGACACAAAUAUAUGAAUAUGGUCCCCCCACUUAGCUAUCUUUCGACGCCUAUGGUGGAUGUGUCCCAAAUUAAUAUUAACUGAUUUAAUUUCAUUAUAAACAAUAGAAUAUAGUAACCUGGCAACACAUUGUUUCCCAACAUUAGAUCUAAACGUUAAUUGAUCAUCUUGGUGAAAGUCAGCAUGAACUGUACAAGUACGGUCAACUAUUUCAUUAAUAUUUCUUUGAAAGUCUUAAUAGCAAUGGUACAUGAACAUGAUAACAUACCAUCUGCCCAUACCACAUGCACACUUCAUUAUAUUUUUCAGUUUUAGUCACUAGCUAGAUUUUUAAAACAUGGCAAGUGUUGUCUUGUAGCUUGUUAUGUAUAUUGUUUAUCAGUGUCAUUGUAAAUAUUUGUGACAAAUUUAAUAAUAAUAAUAAAAAGUAAAAUACUUUUACUGUCGUUCCAAUUGAAGUGUUCCUCAAAUAUUGAUUCAAUACAUUACCUCGGGCUGACCAAUUCAUUUGAUCAAGUUCGAUUCCUCGAAAUAUUCAUACACUUCCUAGUAUAAUUGUAAACUUCCUGUUGAAUAAUUUGAAUGCACCAAUCACCUCUGUUGUUUGUGCAACUAACCAAUCGUAAAUAGAAAGGAAGUGACCAGAAAUGAUCAAAUACUUGGAAUUGGCUCUUUCACAGGAAGUGUAUGAAUAUCUCGAGGAACUUGAUGAAAUGAAUUGGUCAGCCUGAGGUAAUGUAUUGAAUCAAUAUUUGAGGAACACUUCAAUUGGAACGACAGUAAACAGAACAUCAUCAACAUUUGAUUCCAGAAUGUAAAUUCCUUGUGUAAAUUUAUGGUGUGAACCAAUUCUUGAAGUUAUAUGUAAACAACGAGUUUGAGUGUUUCAUCAGGGGAUCCAAACACGAGAAAACUGUAUGAAACACGAGCGCGAAGCGCGAGUGUUUUAUUGUUUUCGAGUGUUUGGUCCCCUGAUGAAACACGAGAAACGAGUUGUUUACAUAACAUCUAGAACGAAAACAUUAUUAAACUGGAUAAACACGGGAAUAAAAGUUAUGGUGUGUUCUGCACAUGCGUAUAUCUAGGAUAAAAUCCCACAAGCGCAAACGAAACUAUUUCUCUAUAAAGUUGAGCUGAAAGAACUCACAGCGACCGUUUUGGCAGUGCUUCAGGCGCCCGAUGAUAUUGUAUGAGGGGCCUUUAGCACUGUCAACUUCUCAUCUUGAGAUGUUCACGUUAUCGCGUGUACUUGUCAGGAUGACGAAGGAUUGCGAAUAAUGUCUGUGUGCACUGAUACACGCUGCUUUAUUUUUAAUAAUGCUGUGUGCACGCUGCAUUAUUUUUAAUAAUGCUGUGUGCACGCUGCAUUAUUUUUAAUAAUGCUGUGUGCACGCUGCAUUAUUUUUAAUAAUGCUGGGUGCUAUUUUAGCUUCUCGACAUUCGCUGAUAUAAUGCAGAGAGAAAACAAUAGGUUAUUAUGACCGUCAGUAAUUAUUAUAGUAUAUUGUUGUGUAUUGACUUGAAUUUGUAAUUAGGAUCUCAGUUAUUAGAUGAAAACCGUUUUUCAUCUAACAACAGUGAUGGUAUAUGAUUUUUAGCGUGUUUCCUUGCGGUAUCCAACCUCAAUCAUGUGACGAUUUAGGGUGAGUUCAUUGAUUGAUCUCAAUCGCUACACUCAUAUUUUUCAGUCAAGUUCAACAGUCAAUGUUGUUUUGUGUUGCGGUUUGUAAAUCGUUCACCUGCAAGUUGACAGGUCAGUUUGUAGCAUAUGAAUCCCCAAACUGGGUUUGCUCUUUACAAUAUACCUGCACAAAUAUGGCAAGGUUGGUUUUUGUUUAACUGCACAAUGGCAAGUUUGAUUUGAUAUUUCAGUUUCUAUUCAGCUUCUAUUUGAUACGUGGACCUCAUGGCCAUGCCCCGUAAGCGGCUAUUGGCUAAGCGCCUGAUCUAAGAUGAGUGCAAGCAACAAUGGCUUCGUUCAAUUUUUUGAAUGUGUGCAAAAAUAUGGAGCCUGAUCAAAUAUUUUUGACCAGAGCAGACCAAAAUUGUGAUGUUUUUAGCAUUAUAAAUGACUAGAGAUGGAAAAUAGUUGCUUACCUGUAUUUGUGAUGAAAUAUUGAUGUUUUAUUCGCAGAUCUGUUGACUGUGCAUUUAAAUUAAUACUGUAUCACUAUAUCAGAAUAUCUGUGUACUGUAUGAAUAUUUAUAUCGCAUCAUGGCAUUAACGACAGUUUCCGAAGUAAAGCCACAGUAUAGGGAGACAACCAGUAGGGCCACUUAGGGGAGAGAAAAGUGGCAAUUAUUUAAGCUAGGUUCCAGGUGUCUUACACGGCCAAAAUCAUUAUUCUGUAGUACAAUUUUAUAGUGGACUGCUGCCGUUUACUGGCUGCCAAUAUGUAAAUUAGGUUGGCAGCCAGUAAACAAUGUAGACACUUUUUUAUGCUGAGUGGCCCUACUGUACUUUUUCUAUACUGUGGUAAAGCCGAACACGCUCCGUCACAACUUCACAACCUUCACAACUUUUUUUAGCGUGUACAUAAUGGUUAGCCCGCGAACGGGCUAACCACAAAAACUAUCUUUCUAUAAGGUUCAAAACUUUCAGUUUGGUUGUUGACUGAUGAUGAAUCUAUAGUAUAGACUUGCAUGCUUUGUAUUGUGAGCUUAUUAAACCACGUACCGUUUUAAGGCAGCUAAACGGACUUGGUUUAUAUUAACACAUAAAAUAAAUUCCUUGAUUCUCCUCACUAGAGACAGUCUACACUUUGAAAUGUCAAAGACAGUGGGAGAGUUUAUUUUUUAUAUUUUAUAUUUAUAUAAUUUAUAUAUCAAUAGUUUGUAUCUCCACGAACAAUGACAGAAUGACUGAAUUUCUUUAAAAUACAAUGAAAUUUCAUUCAAAAUUCUGUUUGUUUCAAAUUGGAAAUUUAAAAUGGCAAUAAAAACCCUAUAUAAAAUAUUUAAAAAUUAACUGUCUUGAAUUAUUUUUUCGGGCGGUACAUUUAUAUUGUAUAACAAAAUAUAAAACAUUUUCACGAGGAUUUUAAAAUUCAGUCGGGCGGUGAUGAGAAUCAAGGAAUUAAUAUUAUGUUGGGCAGUUGGGACUUGGGAGCAACUUGGGAGUGGCUAAUUUUGAAUAUUUACUUAAUGACAUCUAUAAAUAGCUUUGAUGCUUCAGGGGCGGUAGUUCAUUUACACCCAGUUUUGCGGCAGGCGGUAUUUCCUACGUACCGCCUGCCAUGCAGGCUACAUAACAUACGGUUAUUCGGGUUAAAUAGGGGUUACGAAAAAAUUCGUCAAAAAUUCAAUUCUAAGUUGCCCAAAAAUUUUAUUUAAUCAAUAGCAAGGGAAAACAUAUUUAUUUGAUCUGGUUAUGAAUUUUUUGUCUGAAUCGAUGUAACAAUGGAGAUAUUCGCUGCCUAAUAUCGCAUAUAAUAAAGAGGUUCGAAAAUAAAAAACAUUAAGAAAAUCUGUAAAAUAUUCACUUUUUACAGAAAUGUCUCUAAAUUUUGUCUGCUAAUCAAUAAAUAUCUCUAAUUUAUAAAACGAAAUAUGUUUUGUGAAAUAUUCCCAUUAACGCGCAAAAUAGAGCGAUUUUGGUAGUGCCGUAAAAUGACCUCUAAAAAUCGAAAGUUGCCUGGGAAAACCAAUUUCGACGUCUCUCUCCUUCAAUAUUUAUCCGAUCGAAAUAAAAAUUUCACAACAUUAAUACUUCAUAUAGGCCUACAUUCUGACAAAGUUUGAAAGAUUUUGAAUUUUUUCAUUUUACACGUCUUACCUGACUAUUACAGACAACCGCUCUUAAUGACUGUCACUAACCGGACUGUUCGAAACGCACACAGAAAAAACAACUUCCAACUUUAAAUAUUUACAAUAAACUUUCCAAUAUGGCCGUUUAACCUCGAGGUUUUUUUAGUACGUUCCAGACCCCCAACCCGCCACUGAACUAUAACUUAAUGUGGAUUGAGAACAAUAUAAAUUGAUAAACGGUAGCUACAUACAUCAACCGCUCUAAAUGAGCUCAUGGAAUAAUUAAAAGAAUGUAAAUGUAUUAUACUAUCAUGUCAACUAUAUUUUAUUGUUAAAAUGUAUUUAUUUGACUAAUUUGAGAAUGUUUUUAGAAUAGUUUUGGUUGACUAUAAAUUUGUUUCUAAAAACCGUUAAAAACCCGCAACACCUGAUCAUUCAUUCUGAGAUUGGGCCGCCUGUGAUUUACCCAGACUUGAAUUGAUUUCUCUCUUACAUAAUGUUCCAAAUCUUACCAGUAUUGACGUUGAUGCUAAUGUACUCUCUGAUAUUAACUUUGAUUAUUAUACACCCCAUGAGUUUCAUAGUAAUGUAUCUGUUAGAAUUGUUAUGACAGUCUACUGACUCUACUGACACUGCUGUCAGAGGUCCAACACAAUUUUAGUAUUAUUGGAUUAACUGAAACUAGGAUAAAAGCUGAUAGAGAUCACAUUGCCAAUACUCUUACUCCUGGCUAUCAGUUUUUAUCCCAGCAUACCCUUCAUGAGGCUGGAGGUGUAGGGUUUUAUAUCAGAGAUGGUAUAGAAUUUCACUUAGGAGAUGAUCUGUGUGUAACAACAAAUGAUUUUGAAUGCUUGUGGAAAUUCACCGUACGACUCAGAAUAUAGUAUGUGCUGUGAUCUAUAGACACCCUAAUGGUAACUUAGAUAAUUUUACAAAUCUAUUGUUCUAUCAUGGGUGACUUCAACCUAAAUUUAUUAAACUUUGAAUCACACAAUCCAACAGGUGAAUUUGUCAAUACACUAGCAUUUUACUGCUUUCAACCCCAUAUCGUUAAACCUACUGGAAUCAUUGAUGAUUCUGCUACUUUAACUCUUUUGCAGCAGGCCAUUACGCGUAGAACGUGCACGUUCUACGGAUGUUUCGUUUAUAUCUUCGGUUCAGUACACGCUAUGUCGAUGAAAAUACCGCCAUUCGAUUCAGUAUAAAAAUAUAUACUAAUUUAUAACGACAGUUUUAGUGACUGGCUACAUUGUAGCGAUUUAUAAGCUUUGAAAGUCAAACGGGCUUAAAUAUGAUCAAAUUACGCAAUAUUACUAACAAAUUAUAAACAUAGACAUACCUUUCGCCGAACAUAACUUCGGCCCCUUGAGACGUAUGCUCAUUCUUGUAUUCUUGGUCAAUGAAGCAGUUAAAAAUAACACGUAUAGUGUUAUUUUCAAGCUUCUAUCGUUAAAACGUGAGUUUUCUUGCCGAAUUUUGCAUUUCUGCCCGAAUUUGCGUUAAUCCCAAACCGGAAAUACGACGAAAAACCGUCAAAACAAUGCGUAGUUUGUAUCGCGUGACUCUAGAAAUGCCAGAAAUGGCUUCUACAGGUCAAAGUGCACCCAUACGCGUGAGUUUGACGUCAUCCCGGCUAAAGGGAGCUCCUUAUUGGCCAAGUAUUACGUAAUACAAGUGCGUGCGAGUAAAACCCGAUACCUUGAAAAAUUCAAAAUAAAUAUUUCUACUCGCCGUAUUCACACGAAACUUUCUACACUAAAGCGCUUGAAUACAAAGAGUAUUUUGCACAUAUAUCCUUUCAGAAAAUGACGCCAAAUUUUAGAAUAUAUUCAACUUUUUCUCUUUUUCCCGUUUGAAUGUUUGGCGAAGCUGUGAGUAUAAAUAUAUGAUUGUUUUGGUUUGUGUAAUGUUUUGACGGCACUUGACCCCCCGUUCGAAAGGUUAUAUUGUGAGGAUUUCAAUGGUGGCAUUUAUUUCAAAGGGGGGUAAAUACUCGCCGAGAUAUUUAUAUUAGAAAAAUUGAAUCGAAAUGUAAUACGAAACCGGUUGUCGAGAAAUAAUAAUAAUAAUAAUAAUAAUGGUAAUCUGCUGUGUGAUAUAUCGGAUCACCUGCCUAAUUUUCUAAUUAUCAAUGAAUUGCCAUGUUUCACAUCUAAAAGUGUUAUUUACAAAAGAUAUUAUUCUAAUUUGGAUGAAGAGAGAUUGUUGGCUGAAGUUCAGGCCGGGUAUUCACUGGGAGGAGGCUUUUGCUAAUGACCAAGAUAUUAACUCUGUUUUUGAGUCAUUUCACACAAAAAUAGCCCAAGUUGUUGAUAAACAUGUUCCACUAAUAAGACUUUCAAAAAAAGAAUCAAAAUUACAAGCAAAGCCCAGGGUUACUAAAGCAAUAAGAGUUUCCAUUGCCAAAAAAAUAAGCUUUAUAAAGAGGGGGGUAAUGGGGGGGGGGGGUACCAAUCCUGAAGCACGAGAAAUAAUAUGCAGCGAUCUUGAAACAUGAAAAAUAAAAGAAGGAAGUCCUGAAGCACGUAAAAUAACAAAUUUAUUACGAAUCUGAAAUGUAAAGGGAACAUAUGAAAUGUAAGCAACAACCAUACUUAGAGGUCUUAAAGGUGAAUAUAAACAGUCUGUACUGGGCGGUGUGUUCACCUAUUUGUUUACAAUUGCGUCGAUGUUCAUGAUUUAUAAAAUUUGAAACCUGCAUUCCCCAAUCAAAACAUAGCUAAAAUCCAGAAACAAACUAUUAAUGGAAUAUAUUGUCCAGAAACGAGAAAUAACCGUCUUAACUACUGCUGAGAACGGAUAUUGAAUACACCGCAAGCACGAUACGCGGCAUCCAUGUCGGGAUCGAAAAACGUUUAAUAAAAAGAUGACUGAACGAAGAACGAAUAAUUAAAUUACCCUAAUCCGGAGCACGAAAAUACCCCAUUACCCCCGUCUAUAAAGACUAUUUGAGAUUUAAAAAUAACUAUUAUUUAGCCAAAUUCAGGCACUAUAGAAAAAGUAGAAAGUUAUACUGUAGGAAGUUCUUUGCAGCUAAUAACUGCAGUAUUAAAGAAACAUGGAAAAGAAUUAAACAGAUAAUCAGCUUUAAGUUUAAAUCUUCAAAUGCUCCUCACAUUUCAGAGGUAGGCACUACUAAUAUAACUGACAAAAAGAAUAUUGCUAAUGCUUUUAAUAAUUAUUUUGUUACCAUUGGUUCAGAACUUGCAGCCAAAAUUCCUUUGGCAGGUGCUACAUUUGAUAAAUAUACGCCUGAUCCUGUGAGAAAUAGCUGUUUUCUUUUCCCAGUGAUAACUAGUGAGAUCGAAUAUAUUAUUGACAAAUUGAACACUUCCAAAUCUACUGGUCCUUUUAGUAUUCCUACUAAGCUGCUGAAAAUGCUUAAGUGCCUUCUGUCUCCACCACUUGAAUAUCUAUUCAAUUAUUCUUUUUCUAUGAGCAAGGUGCCAAACAAAUUAAAAACAGCUAGGGUAAUUCCAGUAUAUAAGAAAGGUAACAGGGCUAGCAUGAUCAUGUCCAAUUAUCGUCCAAUUUCUUUACUCUCUGUUUUUAACAAAAUCAUGGAAAAGUUAAUGUACAAUAGACUGAUAAGGUCUUUUUUGAGGGGCAGUUUGGCUUUCGAUCUAAUCAUUCUACUGUUCAUGCUAUUCAUCUAAUUACUGAUAAAAUUAAUAGGGCUAUUGAAAAUAAGCUUUUUUCUUGUGGCAUUUUCUUAGACCUCACAAAGGCCUUUGAUACUGUGAAUCAUGCACAGUAUAUUGAUUAGAAAACUCGAACACUAUUCGUAUUUAACAGACAGAUCUCAGUUUGUUUCUAUUGGUAAUAUUUCAUCUGAUACUGAACCCAUUACUUGUGGUGUUCCACAGGGUUCAGUGUUUGGUCCACUACUUUUUCUUUUAUAUAUUAAUGAUUUUUGUAACUGUGCUCCUCAGUUAGAUUUUCAUCUUUUUGCAGAUGACUCAAAUUUAUUCUGUUGCGAUAGAAGCUUAAUAGAUAUUGAAUCAACAAUCAAUAAUCAACUGAAUUUUGUUAAUGAAUGGCUUUCUAUCAAUAAACUUGUCUCAAUGUGGAUAAGUCAAACUAUGUUAUAUUUUCUCCUUCGCAAAAGAAACGCCCUAACGCACUCAAGAUUUUAAUAAACGGAGUCGAAAUUAGGGAAAAGAAAAGUAUUAAGUACUUAGGAGUUAUUAUUGAUAGUAAUUUAAAAUGGAAAGAUCAUGUACAUGAACUCUCAAAAAAAAUUGCUAGGAGUAUUGGUAUUUUAUCUGAACUGCGGCAUUUUGUUGCAAAAGAGACUCUAAUCCAACUCUACUAUUCUAUUAUUUAUCCAUUUUUAAUUUAUGGGGUGACAAUCUGGGGCAACGCAUAUAAAUCAAUUUGUCCUCACUGGUUACGUUACAGAAAAAGGCUAUACGUAUAAUAAGCUUUUCUAAAUUUGAUGAACAUAGCUCUCCACUUUUUAAGAGUUUCAACUUAUUAAAAUUUCUUGACAUUGUGUAUUUUAAUACGGCUUUGUUUUUACCUAAUUUCUAUAAUAAAAAGCUUCGGUCCAAAUAGAUUUAAUGAUUUUUUUAACCCAGUUUGUAAGCAACAUAGCCACAAUACUCGGUUAGCUUCUAGGUCAACAUACUCUCUUCCUCUAGUCCGUACAAAUUAUGGAAUUUUCAAUAUUAGAUUCAUUGGAGUCAAGAUUUGGAACCGAGCAUUGAUGAAUCUUUAAGACAUCUUUCUCUUCCUAAUUUCAAAAAGAAAUUCAAACUUCAAAUAUUUAAUAGCUACUAAAAUUGUUUGAUUCAAAGUUUGAUAUUUUUUUGAGAUCCCCCCCCCCCCUGUUACUUCUUUUCGCUUUUUGCAUGAACCUUUUAUUCAUUCAUAUUCAUUUACAUUGUGUGUGUGUUCUGUGCCUGUUAUUUAUAUUUAUUGAUAACCCAAGUCCGUAUCUAACUUUUCCAACUCUAUAAAAUUACUACUUUUCAUUAUAGAGGUCACCUGUCUCGAUUAGCCCAUAUGGUUAUUACAGGUGGCCUUCACUCUCAGCUGAUAAUAAUAAGAAUAACUUUCUGUAUAUAUUUUUUAUGAGUGAAAAUAAAUUGUUUGUUGUUUGGGCGUGCAUAUAACGUUCCCGUCUCCGAGCGCGUGCAGCCCAAUCACGUAAAUAGGUCACGUAAAUAGUGAUAGUGAUAGUGAACUUUAUUUUAGCAGGAAGGCCUGUCAUCCAAAUUGAGAUGAUCUUCCCAGGCGCCGUUAUAUUUGAAUUACAAUGUUUACAGGGAAAAUAAGAAACUACAUACAUAUUUUUAGUGGAGUGGAAUUCCUAAUUUCAGUUG